UACAUAAUAUGAUGGAGAUUACAGAUAAAAAUCUAAAUAGAAUUCCAGAAGACGCUUCACAAGGCAAUAUUCCAAAUACAAAUGCUUUAAAAGAUUUCGGCACUAAAGACACAACCUAUGCUAAGACCAUGUUAAAGGAACUGCUGAGAUUUGACGUUCAUCAUCGAACUGAAAAGGACUUACGGGAACACGUCUCUCGAGUUCACUGUUUGGUUAGAAAGUGCACCUCGCUGAAGAAUCUAGUAGCUGUCACGAAGGACCUGUUGGCUUUGAGAAACACUGAAGUCGAGCAGCUCUGUAAAAAUAUAAAUAUUAUGGAGGAAAGAAUUCAUUUGGAAAGAAAUAAGCAACAAAACGUUCUUAAUACUUUGUCUGAGUCUGCAAGGUUGAACGAAGACAUUAAAGCACAAUACCAUUGUCAAAUAGAGAUGUUCAACGAUCUGCGAGCUCGGUACGAGGAGAAGGUGGCGCUCCUGGUGGCCGAGAACACGCAACUGUCAGAGUUGUUCGCGGAGCAGAACAUUAACAUGGUGGGAGAUGGAAUGGAGGGUAGACAUUGUAACAGUCCAGAAGAAACAAGAGAAAAGAAACAAAAGGGGUAUGGAGAGGGAGAAGUACAAUUAGGAGUAAUAAUGAAACCCAAGGGAGAUAACGAAGAAAAUAUUGCCACAUCAGGACCAGAGAUCAUUCAAUCUCUGCAACUCACAGAAAAUAUUAUAGACAAGGAAAUAUCAGAACACACAGGACAGGGGGAGGGGGAGACGUCUUGA